GAUAUUCUUGUCUUGACAGCUAGUUUAACUUUUGUUGUGAUUGUGAUUCCUCAAGAGUUCAGUUAGAUUUCAAUAAUUUGAUUAGUUUUUUUGUUUAAAUUCAAUUAAAGCUGUAACAAUGUCUAUCGGUUCCGUUUACGAAACUGCUUAUAAAGGCGAUUUUAACCAAGUUAAAGUAAAAGUUGAUCAAGACUCUUCCUUAAUACAAACAGUUGAUUCGAACGGUCGUCUUUUAGUUCAUUGGGCAGCCUUGGGUGGUAAUCAUCAUCUUGUCGAUUUCUUGCUCGAUUCAGGGUCUCCCCUUGACCCUGUAGAUGACACAUGUUCGACUCCAAUUAUUCUAGCUGCUUCAGCUGGUAGAUAUGAUGUCGUGAGGCUGCUGAUCAGUAAAGGAGCAAAGGUUAACCAGAAAACUCAACGAGGACAGUCACCUUUACAUUAUGCUUGUUCAAAAGGACAUUUAGAGGUAGCUAAGCUGUUAUUAGAAAAUGAUGCAAAUGUCAAUGAAGCUGACGUAUUAGGUGCCACUCCACUGCAUAGAGCGGCUGCCCAGGGUAGAAGUAACAUUGUGGAACUGUUGUUAACAUGUCCCACAAUUAAACUUGAUGUAUGUGAUUCAAUUGGAAACACACCAUUACAUUUGGCAUGUGAAGAAGACAGGGAGUCAGUGGCAUGCAUGUUAGUGAAGGCAGGUUCAUCAUUAAGUACAACCAAUAAAGAGAAGAAGACACCCCUCGAUUUGUGUUCUGCCAAGUUGAAAAAUACUUUACUUGCUCUAGUAGAUUAAAUUCUAUAAACAAUUAUA